UACCUCCAUCGCGAGACGAGCGCGUUUCCCGCCGUCCCGGCUGCUGCACAACCAAUUUAUAUUGUAUUAUUAUAUAUAUCUAGUAAAGUAGUUGCCGGUAUUCCGGUUCCGAGCUGUCCAAACGAUCGCCGCAGAUGACCACGUUCUGCAAGACGUCCGGUUAUGUUUUUUUCGCCGGCUCACACGCACGUUACACACCACACGUCGUCGUCGUCGUCGCAGUCGUUUAACAUAGCGUUCAGUUGCUCGUUUACCGUUGUCGCGUCCGUUGCGCCCCUCGUGGUCACUGUGAAAUUUACCCGAUUGUCCACCGGUAUAUAUAUUUAAAAAAAUAUAUCAUCGUUUACAGUAAUAAACGGCGUCGUUGUAUUUUAAAAAUCAAUUCAAUUUUUAUUUUUUAUUUGGUCGUCCGGUUUAGUGCCGAUCAGUACACAAGACCUACGACGAAAAUCCCAAAAAAUUAAACAGAACGCCAAGCAUACUUUACUCCAAACCCGAGCCACACAAUCUCUAUCUCAGAAUGGUUUCGACCCGACUGAUGGUGAUGGCUAUCGUAGCCUGGUGCUGUACAAUGACUGCCUCGGAACAAUACUGGAAGUGGCACAAACCGUACACGUGGAACAGUUCGCCAAAAUUGAAUUUACCUACGCACGCGGCCGUCUACGGCAAACCACUGCCGAGGCCAUACUUGUCUGCUCAUGAAAAACCACGAGACCGUUGUGAACUGCGCAAGGUGGUUUUUACCCAAGAUGCUGAAUCGCCGCAGUACAUCGUCUACAAGACCAAAAUACCAGACUUGAAAGAAUUUACACUGUGCCACUGGCAUAAUAUUUUUAACUACACGCACGAUCAACCCAUAUUCUCGUACUCACAUUCCGGCAAAUCCCGUGUUAUAUAUUCGUGGAUCGAGAACAAGCCCGACAAGACAUAUUAUUCGUUGGCCAUCAACGGACACACCAUUUACAGAAUUAAUUACCCGGAGAAGUUGUUCAAAUGGUAUCAUGUGUGCCAGUCAUGGAACGGUCACACGGGCGAAUGGCAACUGUGGAUCAAUUCCGAAAGAGUGGGCAGAGGAUUUUACAACUUAAUGGCUGGUAAAAAGAUUAAAGGUGGCGGCGUGGCCUUUAGUGGACGGGAGUACCUGGAUCAAGCGUUGGCCGUCCAUUACCCGGCGUACUCGGGAGAACUGACGUUGUUGUCACUGUACAAGGCGGCGCUGACAGCGGGCAAGGCGUACAACGACCACAAGCACCAUCACGUGCACAACUUCCAUCACGGGUACGACGAGUCGGUGGACGAGGCCGAGACUGAGGAACCGCCUACACUACCCCCCAACCCGGACGCCACGAGGCCACCACACUUGGCGCACGGCGGACAGUUCGCCAACGGUCAACGGAUACCCGCGCUACCGGUGCCUACUACCAGCAGUCCGGCACAGCAACAACCGCUGCUCCCUCAACUGCCACCGCAGCCGCAACUGCCGCUUUUCGACGGCGGCCUGUACGACUUUUACGACGCGCCGACUGCCGACGAGACGUUCCGCGUCAAUCUGUUGGACAAGCGUGACGACAACCGUCGUAGCAGCACCAUGACUCGUUACAAGCGUUGGACUCCCCUGUUCCGACAGCCGAUGUCCGACGUCACUCCCGCCGCCGACGACCGAAACGCCAGGUCGUCUGGCAGUGAGCUGCAUGACCGGAAGUAUGAACCGGCCGAGUGGGAGGUGUCGAAGGUAGCCAGCGUGUGCUCGGCCUGCGUGACGGACCCGUUCGGCGCGGCUUCCGUCUUGUCAUGGCACGAGACCCGCAAACAGUUCUACAACGGCGUCCACUAUUUGCCCGCUCUGCCGAAGUGUUAUUUGUUCUGAGGAUAUUCGCGUUCUGGUCAUCGAACCACCGCCACCCAAUCUCGCCACCCAUCUACCGACCCUGCCACCCACCGCCGACGCAAUAUCGCCAUACACUUUAUUAUAGCAUGGUAGUAGGUGGGGGCGUCGACCCGGGGAGCGAUACUGUACAUACUUAUACAUAAUAUAUUAUUAUUAUUUUUAUUAUUAAUAGUGCGCUGAACUUAAAACUAUAAUUUUACGCAUUGGCACCUAAAAUAAAAUCAUUAUAAGCCAUACAUGACGCUUAAGUUGCGCUGUACACAGGUUUUUUUUGGAUUUAAAUUCGUAAAUUUUUCCAAAAUUAAAAAAAAAUACACAGUUUACUCAUAUACAGUUUCUCUGCAAAAAAAAAAUGCAGUGUUACGUGUAAGCCGAUUACGGCCGAUUACGUUAAAAAAUUGAAAACUAUUCAUUGCGCAAAAUCAAGUGUGGCGCAUUAUGUAAACGGGCCAUCAGGUUGUAGUAUAAGGCGUGUUAUUUAUUUAUAAGCUGUAUUUUACAAUGUUGUACAACCGUACAUUAAAACAGUGAUAAAAAUAUUAAAAUCGUUUUCAGUCCCUUUUCGUAAGUUCGUUUUAUGACAACGCAUAAUUAUCACCUAUCAUUUUAACUUUUUAAGCCUAAUCGUCGGCGAUUUAAUAUAGAGGUAGUCAUUUUUCUCGGAUUUGAUACAAUCUGCAGUCGGACGUUAAGAUUGUAACUGCCCCGAUCGUGCUCAAAAAUAAUUAUUGUUGUUAUAAAAAAAUGUAUUUCAUCGAUAAUAUUGUCUCUUAGCGCUCAUUUUUUGUUUAAUACACACAAACUGUUCUCGAACACGUCUUGUUUGGGUAUCGGUCGUAUGGGCGGACAAAAGUAUCCUAUGAUAAAUCCCGAAAUUUCAUCAUUGCCUUUUACAACAAAACACCGUUAUAGAAAACCUUUUUGCUUCUUUUUAAUUAUAUUUUAAAGCGUAGAAUUGUUUAUGAAAUCAAUAUGUAAUAUCUAUAAUUCCUUAUAUUCACUUAUAUAUAUAACAUGUUAUCAUGUAAAAAUAUAAACAAGAAGUGAUUCACAAAGCAUGAAAAUCCCAUUUUUCUUCAAUAAUACAGUUAUUAAAAAUUUUAAUUUUUAAUUUUUUAAUUUUCCAGAACUUUUAAAUACCUAUACUUAAAUACAAUAUUUUUAAAAUCUUGAAAUUGUUAUAUCAUACUUAAAGAGUUAGCUAAUAGAGAUAAAAGCUUUUGUUCACAAAUGGAAACUCUUUAUUUUACUGUAAAUAAUUUAGCGUAUAAUUAGUAUACCUAUCUCCUAUUUUUAUCAAUUAGUAUUAUAGUUUAAAUUCGAUUGAAUAAUUUUUGAGUAAUUUAACUUUGUGUACUAAGAAUUAAGUUCACGAUAAUGGGUUUGAAAAGUAUGGGGACUGUAAUUCUUAAAAAAGUUUAAUAAUUGAUAUUAGUUUGUUAAUAAUUAUUAAUAAUGGUCAAUGUAUAAUAUAUACUAAAUCCAAUACUAUAUAUUUUUGUUUAUCUAUUUUUAAGAACUAUUAUCCUUAGUAUAAACAUUUUAAUAACUGAAAAUUACUCUUUAGAUACAUCAAUAUUUUCAAAACAAUUAUCUACUAAAAUUACAGUAAAAGAAGGUUGUUUUAUUUAAAAACUGAAUUUUUAUAGUCGCAAGACACUUUUUAAGUAAAAUCUCAGGAAUUCAUUAUUAAAGGAAAAUGAAGGAAACAUGCUUAGUAAAGCAUCUUGUAUAUAUUAUAUAGAAUAUAAAAGGUGCAUAAGUUGGAAAUAUUGAUAUUUUACGUUCUGCGUGUACCUUUUUUCUUUAUAGAAUGAUGUGCCAUGCGCCAUAAAAUUUAGUCUAUAGUCAAUCAAAGGCUUUGAUCGACCUUUAGGGUUCGCUCUAUUCAUCCAUAUUGAACGCGUAGGCCAUAUAAAUUAUACUCGAUAAAUCUCCAAACUUAUUUGAUGCUAUACAUAUACAUUACAAUCGAUCGGAUUCGAGAUUACAGGACUGCUACAAGAGAUCUAUUUUAAUGGUAUAUUUUUGUUAACGAAUUGUAAUAAUUUCAGUAUUUAUCAUAAAAAUUUAAUAUAACAUACUGCAUAAAUCAUUUAGACAUACAACUGAAAAAUUACGUAGAACAAUAACUUAAUAUUUUAUUGUAGUACAUAAUAUCAUAUAUUUAAUAUGCAUUAAGCGGUUUUGUAAUAAUUUUUAUUAUUUGUAUAAGGAAUAAAUUAUAAAAUAAUUUUUUUUUUUUUUAUUAAGUAUGUAGUAUUAGUUGAAAGUAAUUGUAUAACUGUGAUAUCGUUACCGUAUGUAUUAUGAAUACAAUAAUAAAUUGUAUGUAUAAACAUGUCCAAUUUAUGUUAUUAGCUAAAGUGUUUUAUUUCAAAAAUCAACUAAAUAACCAAUAUGAACUAGUUUUGACGAGUAAAAAUAUGUACUUAUAUAGUUUCUACAGCAGUAGAAUAAUUUAUGUAAAAUCAUAACUAGGUAAUUUAUACAAUGUAAUAUAUAAUAUAGAAUAAGUUACAUCUUUAGUGCUCAGUGAAAAAUAUGUGUCAUAUGUAAAAUCAUAUUGUACAUAAAUGAGAAAUUAAUAUUGUUUUCUAUGUAUAAAAAGAAUAAUUGAAAACUAAUUAGCUUCAAAAUCAAAAUUAAAAUUAAUUUAAUUAUUUUGAA